CCUCCAUCGCUCCCUGGCCCGAGCCGCUUGAUCGGUCUGUCGGAGCGAGCUCCCGCCCCGCCCCGUAUUAACACCUGCACCAGCACAGGUAUAUAUUCCCGCUGUCCCCUGCCCGAUUCCCUGCGGUGUCUUUCUCCUUUUCCGCCUCCGUCUCGCCAAGAUCGCCUCUCGUGCCUGCUCGGCCAGCAUCCGUGAUUGGGCCCCCUAUCUACUCUCUCCGACCGAGUCCACCGAGACUAUCAAACCCGUCAAGUCGCCAAUCCGAACCAUGUCUGUGUUUGAGACUGCCCGGUCGGCCGGCCACAGGCUAUCACGCGAUCCGCUGGACUUCAACCCAUUGCCAACCACGCCCGGCAGAUCCAACAAACUCAAGGUCAACAUCAGUCUUGACUCGGAGAUCUUUGUCGCCGGGAGCAUGAUCUAUGGAAGCCUCGAUGUUACCUCUUCCACCUCGCGCAGCCUGCGUCUUGGAACCAUCGCCGUGGAGCUCAUGGGAUACGAAGAACUCAACGACAAAGACUAUACCCAGAGCUCGUCCUUCCUGACUGCUCGCGAGGUCUUUCAAUCGCUGGACACGCCCCCUUCACCGGCCGUGCAUGGUCCGCUCCAGAACGGCAUGUGGACCGCAAAUAAGGGCAAGACGACCUUUGUGUUCGCCUUCAAGUUGCCUGCCGACUCCCCCGGCUCAUUCAAGUACAAGGAUCCCCUGCUCUACAAAUCCACCAACCUGGCGGCCCUGCGAUAUGUCGUCACUGGUGUUGUCGAAUUUUGCCAGAACGGGCGAAGUGACACCAUCCUGCAAACUGUUGAAGCCUUUGUUGCCAGUGCUGGACCUGCCAUCCCUUCACACCCUCUCGCUAUUGGAUCUCCGGCCCUGUUCGACCAGCGAGAAGAACAGGGCUUUAUACUUAAAGGAGUGAUAGCGAACCAGGUCGUUAAGGCUGGCGGCGAGAUCAACCUGCAAGUCGGUGUCCGAAACGACACCAAGAGGCAGAAGGCUCUCGGCUUCCGCGCCACCCUGGAGCGCAAAUUGACACUUCUGGUCGAUGAUUGCGAGGAGAAAAGCAACGGCCCAUCAAAGUCAUAUACAGAUGAGGCGGUUUCCUCCGAGAUUGUGCCCAAGGACUUCACCGUCGAUCCCUAUGAGGAGAGGACAAAAAUCAUCACCCUUCACGUGCCGCCCCAGGUGUUCACUGUCGAAAAUACCAACUUGGCGACCGUGACGUGCUAUAUCACCGUGGCUCUUCACAUUGGCUAUUUCAGAGACAUCAAACUCGUCAUACCCGUGAGCAUCUAUCACCCAUCGUCGAUCGAGCCGCCACCUCUCCAGAAUGUCACCGGGCGCAAGCACACCGGUUUAUAUGAGCCGCAAGAUCCCAGCGAGGUCUGGGACGAAGAUGAUUCGCCAAAGGAUGUUGUGACCCUCGCCAAGUCCAGGGCUCGUUCUCCAUCGCCCGUCAGAAGCACGGCAACGUCACCGCGCACGAGCCAGCUGCCGUGGCUAAACUCCUCUCGGGCCGAUGGCCAUUAUGCGGUUGGGGACGCCAGACUGAAGGUCUCGAUCAAGCCUCCAAACCGAGAACCCACUGCCCCGACGACCUACAUCUCUGCCGACAAGAGAUUCUCCACAGCCCAGGACACAAGAGCCGAUAGCGACCACACCCGCUUGUCCGGCGGUGUGUUGGGCGAUCUGGGCUCGCUCGAUCGCACCGGUGCCUCGCACUUCCUGAAUGCCACCCUUGACUCGCACGACGACUCGGUCCACUUUAGUAGGGGUCAUCAUGGGUUUUCAUACAUACUCGGGAAGGCCAAGGACCUGCUCGACCUUGUCCAUCCUGCAGCCCCGGUGGUUGCCCAUCACUCACUACCAAACCAAGUCCAGGCCCAGGAACCCCGGCCGUUGUCGCCCCAGCCCUCCCCGCCCCCUCGAGCCAUGCCGCUUCGGUUUCUGCCUCCGGAGCUGCUGCAGGCCGAUCCGGGCAUCCCAAGACAUCACACCGGCAUCGUGCCCGACCAGCGGCUGCAUGGCCUGGUGGCCCCCGGCAACGAUUCGUUUCGCAACCUCAACGGCCAUCGCUCCGAUGACCAGCUUUCGUUUAACCAGAGCAUGAUAUUCUCUUCAAAUAAGCACAAAUCCAUCUGCAGCGAGUUUAGCCUUGGCUCUAUCGACGCCGACGUGGUCUCUGACUCGAUGGUUGACCCGGCACGCUCGCCAGGCCCAGACACGUCGAUCUAUCAUUCCUUCGAUAACGACGCCGAUCAUGCUUUCGUCCAGACCCAGGCGUCUGUUCCGCCUGGGCCUCGGGCCCUUCCGGUUUCUCCUUACGACUUUCUGCAGCAGCUCAACCCGCGAAUGCUUGCCCAGGGCCUUCGUCCCUCGGGAAAGGACCGCCCUGCUCCCCAAGGCCCGUUCUUGGCAGUCCAGCAGACGUCUCGAUCCGUGCCCUAUGCAGCGCCUUCUGCCGCCCAGGGCCAGCUGCUUCCAUCGCCUCCAAACGAAGACGCCCGCUCGGGUCCAAGUCACAAGCGCAACAGCGCCGUCUUGGGAGCUAUCGAUUCGUCCAUGCAGUUCCGGCCAAUCAACCCAUAUCUCCCGUCCCAUCCGGGGUCGCCGCGCUUGAGCGAUUAUCUCUCUGCUGUACGCGAAGCACAGGAAUCCAGCAAUCUCCACAGGAGCUUCAUCAAGCGGGCAUGAAGGCUGGCGGCCCGCGGUGAGAGGGGCUGUGUGGGUGGUUGGGUGGCUGAUGGUACUGAAAUAAAGCGCGGCCUCGUCCCCUCGACAGCGGGCUUCUUUCGUUCCAUUUCGUCCGC